CGCGUCUCUCUCUCGCACCGCGUCGGCACGCGAAAAUUAUAACAUUACGAAAGACAUCGUACGGCCGUCGUCGUCACUCGUCAGUCCGCCGCGUCCAGCCACGCGCCCAGCACGUCCGCCGUCGGGAGCACGCACGCCGGUCGUCGUUUUGCGCGGGCGAUUCGUCCGAUUUACGGUCCGUGACAUUUUCGUCGCAAAUUAAUUUUUAUUUUAUUUGUUUGUUUGUUUUUUUUUUUUUAUUCGUCGUAUUUCCUCGUCGAUUCGUAUCGACUCGUUUUAUUAUUAUUGGACAAAUGCGGCUAAACGGAUCAUAAUAUUAUCAUCGUUAGUCCGUCACGCGUAUAUUACAAUAAUAGUAUACAAUAUAUAUUGUAUAUAUUAUAAUAUAUAUAUAUUUAUCUAUUUAUUAUAUUCUGAUCACACUACGUCAAAACCCGAUCGCCGGUACGUCGACGGAACCGAGAGAGAAGAGUCAGACCGGAGAGUCCGAACACUGUCCAAAGUGGGACCUGCUACGCAAUAUCAUCGCAUUGUCCACUAUUGUACACGAGAAUUGUUCAUGUGUUGUCGAGCACAAUAUACACACUGCAGCUGCAUGCCGUAUUACACUGGUGACCGUUCGACCGACUGCGAUUGCAGCACCGACCGACCGACCGACCGACGGGCACCGCCCGACCACCAAUCACCGCGCUAACCGGACCGGGUUCGGGUCGCGGUGCCAACAGUGGCCGGGAAGAGCCGUCAGCCAGCCAGACAGCCUGCCCAGCAGUCGUGCACGGCCGCAGUCGCAGCCGCCACCGUGCUGAACCGACCGCAGCUGCCGUCCCCCGCACCGCCGCCCCCGCAACUCGUGUGGCCCGUCAGCGGCCUGUUCGCCCCGCCCACCGUACAGCCACCACCGCCGCCCGUCAUGCACCACCAGGUGGCCCACCCGCACUGGAUCGCCGCGGCCGUGCCGCCCUGGGGCCUGCCCCAGCAGCUGGCCCCGUCGCAGAACAUGCUGGCGCUGGCCGCCAUGUCGCCGGCCGCGAUGGCCCCGGCCACGCAGGGCGCAGCGCCCAUCGCGUUCAUCGGACUGCAUCCGCAUCACAACAUGCAUCCUAACCCACACCCGCACCAUCCGCAUCACCCGCACCACCCGCAUCACCACCCGCAUCAUCUGAACGCGUUGCCGGCGCAACCGCUGCAGCCGUCACCGCCGCCGCAGCACCCGAAUCACAUGGGCGGCCAUCACUCGGCCACGACGGCCGCGGCCGCCGCCUUGGCCCUACUCAAUCAGUUGCACCACCACCAUCACCAGCAACAACAGCAACAGCAACAGCAACACGAUCUCGCACACUUGUUGCUCCAGCAGCAACAGCACCAGCAGCACCAGCAGCUCCAGCACCAGCAACAACUCACGCCACUUCCACAGCUACAGGUAAGCGUAAGAAAUUAUGAAAAUUUCAUCGUUGGAUCCCAGGAAAAUAUCAUGUCAUACCUCGAGAUUCCGACCGACGAAGAGCCCAUUACAAACAAGCGUAAAUACUUGGCCGACGACCGGAGUGACUCGGGCAAGGAUUUGAAAAAAGCCAAGUUGGAAACUAAAGCACUGAAAGCGAAACGUCCCGGAUUUACCGAUGAAAGAUACAAUGAGACGUCGUACUAUAUCGAAAACGGUUUGAGAAAAGUUUACCCGUACUAUUUUACAUUCACUACAUUCACCAAAGGCAGAUGGGUAAAUCAAAAUAUACUGGACGUGUUCGCCAGGGAGUUCAGAGCACAUCCCGCUGAAGAAUACGAGCGUUGCAUUAAAUCUGGUUCGUUGACCGUAAAUUAUCAAAAAGUGGACACGCAAUACAAGUUGAAACACAACGAUCUACUGGCUAACGUAGUUCACAGACAUGAAGUACCGGUGACCAACGAUCCAAUCACGAUCGUGCACAUGGACGACGACAUCGUGGUAGUUAACAAACCCGCGAGCAUUCCGGUUCAUCCAUGCGGUCGUUAUCGUCACAACACUGUGGUGUUUGUGUUGGCCAAGGAGCACAACCUGAGAAAUCUCAGGACUAUACACCGUCUGGACCGGUUGACCAGCGGUCUGUUGAUGUUCGGCCGGACGCCCCGGUACGCCCGCAUCAUGGAGGCACAGAUCCGCAACAGACAGGUGAACAAACAGUACGUGUGCCGGGUAGAAGGGAGAUUUCCCGAACAAACUAUCGAGUGCAAUCAUCCCAUCGAAGUGGUCAGCUACAAAAUAGGCGUGUGCAAGGUAUCCAACAAGGGUAAAAACUGUUCGACGACAUUCCAAUUGGUGGGCUACAACGAAAAGACCAACAUCAGCGUGGUCCUGUGCUUCCCACACUCGGGACGCAUGCAUCAGAUCAGGGUACACCUUCAAUACUUAGGCUUUCCCGUAAAGAACGACCCUCUGUACAACCACGUAGUGUUCGGCCCAGAAAAAGGUCGCGGUGGCGUUAUCGGCAAGUCAGAUGAGCAACUGAUUCACGAUUUGAUAAAUAUCCACAACGCCGAAAAUUGGUUGGGCAUGGACGGUGACUCGGAACUAAUGCCGAUAUUGAAAGAUGUAGACGUCGUUGACGAAGGAAAAAAAUCACCUCCAAGUUUUAAGAAGAACGAACCGUUGCUGGAACAACACCAUCAGUUGCAGAUAAAGGGCAGACAAACCAAUCAGCUACAGUUACAGUACGAUAAUGCACUGAACGUGUCCACGCAGACGGGACAAGACGUGCCGGACAUGGAUUUCGACGCGGAGAAGCUCACGCACGACCCUCAUUGCUACGAAUGUCGGGUGAAAUUCAGGGACCCGAAACCAAAAGACCUCAUCAUGUACUUGCACGCUUGGAAAUACAGCGGGCCUGGAUGGAGUUAUGAAACGGCCCUUCCAGCGUGGGCGAACGUUGAAUGGAUGGAACCAGAAUAAAUAUGAAAUAAUUAUGGACCUAUUACAGCAACAGGGUGGACCGUAUGAGUCAAUCGAUCGAAAACUAUUUUAUUGGAAACUUCUAUUAAAGCCGCUUUUUUUUCGUUCAACCGACUAUGUAUUUUAUAAUGUAAUAUUGUGACGGUCUCCCUCUGUAUAAUACAAAAUUAUUAAUAAAUAAUAAUUAAAAUAAAAUAAUUACUAUUAUUCUUUAUCGUGGAUUUCGUAGUACUCGAAAGUAAUAAUAAAAAAUAAAAUAAUGAGUGCUCGCAGUUAUUAUUUUAAUUUUUUUUUUUUGUUGUUGUUGUUUUAAUUGUAAAUAAUAACUGUCGUCUUACAAGAAAAUCUUUAUUCAAUACAUUUAAUAUAAUGAUACACAAUUAUGCAUUGUAGCUAUAUACGCGUAAUACAAAAAUAAUUAUAAAUAUAAUAUUAAAAUAAGCUUUACCUAUGUAUCGUAUACAAUAUAUAGGUGUGAUAUUAUACCAACACGAUAUCAUAACAGAAUAUUUAUGUACAAUAAUUGUAUGAACAAUAAUAAUUACUUCAUCAACGAUUAUUAUACUAUCUUUUACGUAUGUUUGUCAUGUUUUUAUGUGUGUGUGUCGUAGCGUGAGUGUGAUUUUUCGCCAGCCUUUGAUUUAAGAAAAAAAAUCUACAAUAACUAGAAAUCAGGCUCGAAAUUUUUGUGAGUUUUUAAUAUUAUUCUUCGUCGUAAUUUUAGUCACUUCGUUUUUUUUUUUCGAUUACUCUAUUAAAUUUAAGAUAAAAAUAUUAUAAUACUAAAAAUGAUUGUUUAUAAGAAAAAGAAAAAAACACUUCAUAUUACCAAUAAUAAUUAAGUCAUUUAUUAUAAAACAUAUAAUUUAUUAUACUAUCUACUAUCGGGCUCUGUAACCGUUGUAUUUGCUAAGACAUUAUGUUUUUUUGUGAUUAGUUUUGUGUUAGUAGUUAUGGUUUUAUUAUUGUUAGAGCUUAUGUAUUAUUAUUAUUAUUAUUAUUAUUGUUAGUCAAAUAUAGACACUUAUUACACUAGCAUAUACCUAUAGUUAUGAAUAAUAAUAAUUAUUAUAAUUUAUAACUAAUGUCAUUCUUAAUAUUAUUAUCAUUAUUUAUUAUUAUUAUUAUAAUUAUCAUUAUUAUUAUUAUUAUUAUUAAGCAUAACGGUUGGCCUACACCGAGCAAUAGUGCAGUGUUGUCCACAUAAGGUGAACCGAAACGCAGUUUUUUUCGUAGUCAUUUCCAUGUAACACUAAUAUAUGUGUCGUACUUAAUAUAAUAUCUCGGCUUGACCGACAGUCAGCGAUUUCCAUAAUCCAUAAGUAGGAUUAGUAUUUGUUUUUAUUUCAAACUAUUGUAGUUAUUAUUUGUAUAGUGUGCUUAAUAGAAUAUUAAACAUUAAAAAACAACAGUAUUGUA